AUGACGCGCACCGUCUCGGAGGGCCCAAAAGACACGACGUUGCCAUUGUUGAAGACAGUUUUCCAGUCCAUUCUCGAAGUGUUUAUCCUUUGUUUCGCUGGAUGGAUUCUUGCAAGGAGAAAUCUGCUUGACAAGAAGACACAAAAGAAAUUAAACAUCCUCAAUAUCAAUCUAUUCACGCCCGCACUCCUCUUCUCCAAAGUCGCAUUCUUCCUAUCUCCGGCAAAGCUAAAGGAGCUGUGGAUUGUGCCACUCAUUUUCGUGAUUGUCACCCUCACAAGCUGGGCCGUCAGCUGGGGUCUUGCGAAAGCAUGUCGACUGAAGAGAUCUCAGAGGUCGUUUGCCAUUGCCGCGUCCAUGUUUAUGAACUCGAACUCGCUCCCAAUUGCUCUCAUGCAGUCCUUGGUCGUCACUGUUCACGGAUUAAAGUGGGGCAAGGACGAUACUCGUGAUGGAAUGCUCGGUCGCGCACUUACGUAUCUCGUCUUGCAUUCGACUCUCGGAAUGAUGCUACGAUGGAGCUACGGUGUCAAGCUUCUCGCCCAAGCAGACGACGAACCAGAAGUUGCGCCUGCCCCGCCAACACCAAUUGUUCACUCGCCGUCAGAAUCGAGCGAGCGGUCUCCACUCCUAGCAGACACGAUGCAUCGCCGAGAUUACUCGAGUACGACGCUACGUUCUCAAGUCUCUACUACUUCAACGGGCGAUGAAGGGGUUGAGAGCACAGAUACACUCACUGCUGCGGACCGCUUUAGACAAUCGAUGAAGCAGCGAUCCAGUGGCUCUAUCCCUCCGCCGGCUGAACCAGUAGGCCUACCACGGCCACUCGCAAUGCCAUUUGCUCGCCCACCACUGGUCAAUAAACAGUCUCAUUUCUUCUAUUCCUUCCCUAACACCCCUAAUAUGUCACAUACAUCCCUACCGGUUUCUCGAAUUCAGUCACCACCGCCGGUGGCUCCUUCUGCUCCGGCUCCUGUGUCCAAGUUGCGUAUGACACUGUCCAACGUAGUAGCAUCGACCAAAGUUCGGAUGGCACGCUUUUGGAAAGGAUUCAAAGAGUUUAUGACACCUCCACUCUAUUCUGCAUUGGCGUCUCUGAUUGUCGCAUGCAUUCCCCCUCUCCAACACACGUUGGACGUGCAUAUGCAGCCCGUCAAGGGAGCAAUCAACAUGGCCGGAAAUUGUUCCAUUCCUAUCACGCUUGUCGUGCUCGGCGGAUACUUCUGGAGAGGAGAGGGCACCGACGAGGCGAGUGAACCAGCCGAUCGGCUGAAAACGGACCUCCCGCAACAGCGUACCACAAUGGUACCAGAACGUUCAAGGGCAGAUGGAGGGGUAGAACAUAGAGCGAUGAGUCGACCGGUCAGCGAUGCAACGACGCUCGUUGGCGCCAGCACCUCGUCAACCGGUGUGUCGUGGGAGGGGCUGAAAAAGCGUUUCAAGGCGGCGAAGAGUUCGAAUCAUCUCGACUCUGACGCAACUGGAGAGGAGAAUGGCGUAGAUGGCUCGAUCCCACGGCCCAUAAUGACGAGGAAAGGCGAACACAAGGGUGAGGCGCGGACCGUGUUGGUGGCGAUACUCAGUCGAAUGAUCAUCACCCCAAUGAUCAUUCUUCCAAUCAUGGCACUGGUGAUGACUCAAACGACUAUGCGGCUAUUCGAUGACCCUGUGUUCGUGGUUGCAAACGUCCUUUUCGUGUCCAGCCCUCCUGCAUUGACGCUAGCACAGCCAGCUGCCACAGCCAGGAGUGCCUCGCCCAGCAGGGAUAUUCCUUCAGAUGAGACAAUAGAGCAAGUCAUCCAACAAGCCACGGCAAACGCGAGGGCUGCAAACGGUGGCCGCUCUCCAGUCAUUGGCCGUGACACUCGCACACAGUUGUUUGUAGGAAACCUACCGUAUAGAGUUCGAUGGCAGGACCUCAAGGAUCUCUUCCGAAAGGCUGGAGGCACCGUCCUCCGAGCAGAUGUCUCUCUCGGACCCGAUAAUCGCAGUCGAGGUUAUGGAACCGUUUUGCUGGCUUCUGCAGAGGACGCCGGCCGUGCCAUUGACAUGUUCAACGGCUACGUCUGGCAGACGCGUACCCUCGAAGUUCGACCGGACAGACUGCCCAACGACUUUGACCUUUCGGCUGCGGCUCAGAUAGGCAAACUACCGACGUCUCAACAUCCGUGGCUUCGACCGUCAUUCCCUGCUGCUGCUGCUGCUGCGGGAUUGACUGCACCUCUGACUCAAGCACAUAAUGCACUUUCACUUACUCAACAAGGCUUGUCUUUGAGCUCUGCCAAUGCAACGUCGAUGCCUGACCCAAUGGUCUACCCGGAUUCAGCCCGCUCUAGCCUUCUCGGAGACAUUUCGCGAUCUCCGACGGCGUUCAAAGCUCCAUCCGCCUCAUCGAAACCUGUAGCUCUACCAGAUGCACUCGCACCAUCGGUAGCGACGUCAUCCUUUGGGCAAAGCAGUUUACCCGUUGGUGCAACGACGUCUCACGAUGCCUCUACUCGAACGGUUCAUAUCACCAAUUGGCCAUCUCAAUACAAUGCUCUUCAGCUAGAGCAAGAGUUUCAGAGCAUCGGCAAGAUUAUCAAGGUUGAAGUACGGCCACCAAGUCGACUUGAGAGCAAAUGUCACGCAUUUGUCAUCUACUCCAGCGAUCAUGAAGCGAAACAAGCCGUGGCCAAGUAUAAUGGGGUUGAACUCUUGGGACGUGCCUUGGUGCUCCAGAUUGGGAACGGUGAUCAAUUAUUGCUCAGCCAGCCGCCUGCAAAUGCCUUUCAAACGCAGCGUGCAGAGGAAAUGCCAUCAGCUGUGACUGCGACUGCGACUGCGACUGCGACUGUCUCUGCCGUACCAGGCGCUCCGCUACACCCGGCGAUGCCUACCCAGUCGGAGAACCCUUACAGUUAUGGUUACUUUGCCAUGUCACCUCCAAUGGCUUCUGGUUAUGUCGUCGCCUCACCUCCUGGAUCGCCCUAUGAGCAAUAUCCGCCACCCAUGGCGUACCUUCCGAUUGCUGCUUCUCCUUCCACGGCAUAUCCACCCCCGCUUGGCGCCAACGUCUAUGGCUAUUCGACAUGGCAUCAUCCUCCCUCGCCAACGAGAGCAACAAACGGAAACGCGCCACCAUCCGCCGCGAAUGCUACCACCGCACAAGCUGCGACGGCCGCGGGUACUUCUUCUACUAGUCCAACAGCCUCGACGGGUUCACUCAGAAACCCACCUCCUGGGACGAUCUCUCUUCCAGGUCCUGGCCUUGGCGCGUUUCCUCAGCCCCAGCUUUCGCCCAUGCAUGGUCUCCCUCCCAUUACACCGUCGAUACCUUCUUUCCGCUUUAUGCAGCCACUACCCACACCACCUGUUCAAGGGCCAUUUGCAAGUAUGGGUGCCUAUUCGCCCGUCACGCAAGCUCCACCGGGUUUCUAUAGCUCGACGAGCCCAUAUUUCAACCUCUCGCCUGGUCCUACCGUUCACUAUCAUCGUGAUGCCAAUGCCAUUGCGAAUAAUGGCGUGAUUGGUUCUGGAGUUGGUAUGCUACCCAGUGGGUUGGCUCCGAGUAGCAUGAUGGGAUCGGCGAUGAUCAACGCGAAUGGCCAAGUCACACCCUAUUUCGAUUUGACGGCUGCCACUGUCGGAUCGGAGGCUCCAGAUUAUUUCCCUCCUAUGCCCAUCACGGCAUCUCUCACUGGCGCUCUGCAAACGAUGAACCUUGGAGCAUCCAAACUCGACGAAGAGCCACAAUUUCUCGAACCCGUGGGAGUCGGAAGAGACGGAUUCCCGACACUUUCCGCCAGGCCUGAGAGCAUCCCCGACGGGCCGAACGAAGGGGUCAGUCGGACAGGCCUUACCGAUUGGGUGACGACUCCAGAGGAUCUACCCAACAAUGCGAGCAUCAAAUCUCUGAAGCAAUCACCACCAGCAACUUCAAAGCCACCGCUCGAGCGCUCCAUCUCGGAUGGUCCAAAGUCGACGACGAGUAGCACUGGUUCCAAACCCUUUACUCCGACCGGUAGUGUGGUAGCGACUGCUGGAAGUGCAUCUCCAGGUAGUCCAGGAACAGGACCGACGCAUUCUGCCAGCAAAAAGCCGAAGCUCAACCUCGGCUCGAUGCCUCGAUUCUCGCCUCCUAUAAACCUGAUGCAGGGCUACACCUCGAUGGCAAUUGGAACGCACAAUACUGGCGGGGGUGGAACGGCGGUGAGUAGUGCGGGUGUGACGAGAUCGCCGAGCACUGCAGUCGAACCGUUUGUUUACCGUGGUCACGGUGGGAUCUCUGCUGGCGGAACAGCGCCCUCUUCGUCGUCUGGUUCGAUGGUGUACAUGUCGACGUCUGGUCUGCCAGGGAGCGGUGGGCAAACCUCCACACUCGCAAACGCCAAUGCGAAUGCGGGCUUUGCGGCCGCACUUGGGAUGAAUUCGGGUGCCCUAAAGGUGAAUGGGACACCGAAUGGAUUCAGGGACUCGCUUGCUAUCGAAAGCGAUGCGGGCGGAAUGCGCAGGGCCAGUUGGACGGAAGAUGCGUCCAGACGGCAGUCCAUCAUCAAGGAGCUCCAGACGGUCAAUGUCGGUGAUGGUGCAUGA